AUGGAACUGUCUCCAAUACAAAACUUUCCAUUAUCAUUGGAAACACUUAAACAAACACCCGCAUUAACUGCCGGGUUGCCCAUAUUCACCCUAAUCCUAUGUUUUUUCAAAAGUGCAUUGGGAUUUGAAUUUUCCAGUUUGAUACUUUACCCACGAUCUCCAUUGGAGUUCAAUUUGAAUGCAAUAUCACUAUACUCCCUUGUUCAUGUGGGAUACUUGCAUUGGUUCUUGAAUAUUUGCACCAUUUUCACUCCAUUAGCCAUGUUUGAAAAACGUCAUGGUACUGUUUAUACAGGAAUAACUUUGAAUCUUUUAACUGUUAUAGCUGCUUUGCAAUACUGUCUUGUUGGGUUAAUUUUCUACCCCGAUACUGGUGUCGUCGGGUUGUCAGGAGUGGCAUUUUCAUUUAUUGCCUACAUGGCAUAUAAGGAGCAUCAACAUAAGCCAGUGUUGGAGACUUUUAAUAUUGGAUCGCGUGAGAUCAAGAUUUAUACACUAGCAGCUCCGUUUAUAGCAGCAGUGGUAUGCUUGAUCGUGUUUCCUGCUAGUUCGUUGCCUGGUCAUUUGGCCGGUAUUUCCACGGGGUUUCUUUUAGCUAAGGGGUACAUCAACAAAUUGUACCCUCCUUCGAGUGUCAUUCUAAAGAUUGAAAACGUAGUGGCACCAGGAAUUUCCUUGAUAGGACAACUAGUUUCCUACCACAAAGAAGAAGAUGCUGUGAAUGUCCGAGGUGUGCAAUAUGCGCCAUUAUUCGUUGAGGAAGAUGCAGAAGCAGCUCCAUCUGCUACAACAUCUGUUGUUCAGCCACAACCUACACGUACUGAAUCAUAUACAAGGGAGUCACGUGUACUAGGUGAAGCUUAA